CAAGGUCGAACCAGACCACGCAAACCAUCACCACUCUGUCUCUCCGCUCGCACCAACGCGUCCGUUCCCUCGCCGCCGGCGCCGCCGCGCCGCCGCCUGCAGCAGUACACCAUGCUCCGCCUCCACAAAUACAUCCUCACCCAACUCCUCCCUUCUUCCCCCGCUUCCACCAUCUCCCCUCUCCACCGCCUCAUCUCCGCCGUCGCGCCCGCCGUUUUCCCCAACCCUAGCUUCGCCGUCGAGGACUACCUCGUCGCCACCUGCGGCCUCACCCGACCACAGGCCGCCAAGGCCUCCGCCAGGCUCUCCCACCUCAAAUCCCCCGCUAAGCCCGACGCCGUCCUCUCCUUCCUCGCCGGUCUCGGCCUCUCCACCGCCGAUGUCGCAGCCCUCGUCGCCAAGGACCCCAAGUUCCUCUGCGCCAAAGUGGAGAAAACCCUGGCCCCCAACGUCGCGGAGCUCAGUCGCGGCCGCUUCCGCAGUAGAUCCAUCCUCUCCAAGCUGCACUACUACCUGCCUCUCUUCGACUCCUCCGAGGGCCUCUUCCGGGUGCUCAAGCGCGGCGCCGGCCUUCUCUCGGCCGACCUCGAGCGGGUGGUCAAGCCCAAUGCUGCGUUCCUUCGGGAGUGCGGGCUAAGUGAUUGCCACAUUGUCAAGUUGUGCAUCGUUCAGCCAUGGCUGCUCCCCUCCAGCAUGGAGCGCAUCCGGGCAAUGGUGGCACGUGCUGAAGGUAUUGGUGUGCCUCGUGGCUGUAAGAUGUUCAGACACGCGUUGCAUGCUGUUGCACGCCUCAGCAACGAGAAGAUCGCCACCAAAGUGGAGCACUUGAAGAAGACAUUUAUGUGGUCAGAUGCUGUGGUCGGCAUUGUUGUCUCCAAGUUUCCAUCUGUGCUGUUGAGGUCUAACCAGAUGCUGCAGAGCAAGUCAGAGUUCCUCGUCUCUGAGGUCGGGCUGGAACCGACAUACAUUGCUCAUCGUCCAGUAAUGCUUAGUUACAGCCUAGAGGGCCGACUCAGGCCCCGGCACUACGUUGUAAAGUUUCUCAAGGAAAAUGGAUUGCUAGAUCGUGACCGGGACUAUUAUAGAGCAGUCAUGAUCAGCGAGAAAGAAUUUGUGGAGAAGUUCAUAUGCCCUCACAAGGAAGCUGCACCACACCUUGCUGAAGACUAUGCAGCAGCUUGCAGAGGGGAAGUGCCUUCCAGUUUCAGAUUUACAUAAACCAAGAGCGGGCUAUGAGAAUUGGUGACUGUGUAUGACGCAGCAGAGUUUAUGCUCUGUGCAGUCAGCUAGUAAUUUCUGUUUCGGUGUUAUUUGCCUAAUUGGAUGUUUGUUGUCUGCUCUAGUAUGUCUGGUACAUGUCAAUUUAGUGUCGCUAAUUCCAUAUGAAACUGAUAAUUUGAUUGUGACUU